AUGUCUGAGAAUGGGCACACGGUUGAGGCGAUGCUAAGAAAGUUUAUCAUAGUGCAAUUCAAGGCUGAAAAACAGCUUGAUAUGAUUCUAAAUCCUGCACCACACCAUGAUGCAACAUUAGACAACCCAAGAUGGUUUCCACAGACUGCAACAGUUGAACGAUCAAAUUCGCAAACGAGAGCAACAACUCGCCAUCUUACACAUGCGCAACAACGCCUUAAUGAGCUGGAGGCGCAGAUCCAACCACCACCUGAUCGAACCACAAGUAGCAAGGAUAACGAUGACGAAACACCGCCGAGAUUGGAGAUUAAGGAAUACUACAAAGGGUAG